ACCAAAAAAAAAAAUGGCUCUAAAGAAAUCAAGCAAACACAUAACUCAAAGUGUAGCCCUCAAACAAAUCUUGAAAAGGUGUUCAAGUUUUGGAAAAAAUGAGAAUGGACUUCCUCAUGAUGUACCAAAAGGCCACUUUGUAGUAUAUGUUGGUGAAAAUAGAAGUAGACACAUAAUUCCAAUUUCUUGGUUGACACAUCCUGAAUUUCAAAGUUUGCUUCAAAGGGCAGAAGAAGAAUUUGGAUUCAACCAUGAUAUGGGACUUACUAUCCCUUGUGAUGAAGAAGAUUUUUGUUCUCUAAUGUCAAUGUUCUAAUAAGAGGUAAAACUGCAUACAAAAGAUCUAAAUGUGGUUCGACCCAUUCUUUGGAAUAAUCUUACGCACUACUAGAGCUUACUGCAUCAGACUGCCCUUUGAAUCAGCGAGACACUAUUGGAGAUUACUAUGGAGCAGCUAGAUUAGGCCAUUAAGUGAAUAUAGUUGAAUUUAUUUUUUAUUAACUUAUCAUAAAGAAAUCCCUUCUAAUUAACUUUUGUGGGAUUGAGUUU